AUGGCAUCUAAUCCAUGGAGUCAUGUUGGCCUCAUACUUCAGAAUCUUUGUCUCACAGUCGGACCCCUGUUUUUCCUCAAUGGGAUUUUCCUCUGCUACACGAAUAUAAUCGAAACACACAGCUACACCCUCUCCCGCAUAAACCCCACCACCUACCCCCUAAUCGCCACCUCAGCAACACUCCUCCCCUUCACCCUCCUCACAUCCGGUUCUCUUCUCCAAAGCACAUCUGCAAUCGGCUUUACCCCAUUCUCCUAUCUGCCCACGGGCUCUCAUCUCGUCAUCGCGGGUUUAUGUUUCCAACUCCUCUCUAUGAUUUCUUUCGGUAUCUUGCAUGCAGAUUUCAAAAUCCAAGUUCGUGCUUUUCCGGAACAACUUAAUGCGUAUGCCGAAGAAACACGCUCUUCUCGUCGAUUUAUGUAUUUUUCCCUUGCGUUGCCGCUGGCGUUUUUGGGAAUAGGGAUUAGUGUUAUUUAUCGGAUGGUUGUUAUAGGACAAGGGUGGGGAAUGAGUUUUAUGAGGAAUGAGGUUGGGUUUGUUUGUUUAGAGGGCAUAACUGUGGCGGUUGCGGGUUAUGCUUUGUCGCUUGUGCAUCCGGGAUAUGUGUUUAGACCGUUGGAGUAUAUUAGUAAUAAGAGUGCAGAGAUGAUUGCUGAUGAGAAGUUGGAAGAGGCUUGGAAUUGA